UCCAGGCGUGUUGUGUAAACGCUGGCCCUCUUUUCUGAAUCCCAAAUUCCGGCGCAUUCUCCCCGGGAUUGUACCUAUCUGGACUAACGACUGCACCUAGGACAUGCUGAACCUCCUGCGACGGCGUCCUGCCUGCGUGCCCCUCAUCCGGGCGGCGUUCAGCGCUCCACUGCACACAACCGACAACCGGCCGGGUUACAUAGUGCUGGUUCCGGAGAUUGGGGAAGAGGGUCCUUUGGGCGAGGGAGUCCUGAAGCCCGAUGGACUGCCCGCUUUCAGUGACAUCACCAUCGAAAUGUGCCUGGGGGCGAUAGGGCAGCAAGCGUCGGCGGUGGAGAACUCGGUGAAGGCGCUGGAGGGCGAUCUGCAGAAUGGCAAGCAGCUGGACGCCGGCGGCAUCUUCCGGGAGCUGGACACAGUCACUGGGCCACUGGAGACGACGUGGGGCGUGGCCAAGGCCCUGUACCUGGGCAACUCCACGCUGAUUCCCACCAAAUCCUACAUGAACAUCCACGAAAGGGCGCGAAAUGCUCGAGCGGCCAAGUUCUGUAAUCUGAAGGUGUACAAGGCCCUUGAGGCAGCCCAAUCCGCUGGACCGGAUGAGCAGCGGCUGCGUCAGAAGUUCCUGCUCGAGGGCAAGCUGAAUGGACUGACGCUGGACAAGGAGAAGCAGGAUGGUUUAAAGGAGCUGCUCACGCAUUUGGGUCGCGAGCGCGCUAGUUUCAAGAACAAGGUCAACAUGGCAGUGCACUCUUUCGGUCAAGUCAUCACCGAUUUCAAUUUGGUGAGGGAUUUCCCACCCUCGCUACUCGAAGCCACCGCUAGAGACCCCAGUCAGCCACUGGAGGGCCCCUGGAAGAUCACCCUGCAGCCUCAGGUGGUCGACGGCUUCCUGAAGCACUGCCCCGAGCGACUGCAGCGCUGGAACGUCUGGCGGGCCAGCGUGCUGAAGGCCUCGUCGCAGCAGGAAAAAGCGCUGGAGAACAGCACGCACCUGGAGAAGAUCCGGGGAUUGCGCAGGCGACAGGCCAAUCUGCUGGGCUACAGCAACUUUGCGGACAUGUCCAUGCAGACCAAGAUGGUGGGCAGUGUGGAGAACCUAAAGCAGAUCUUUGCCAAGCUUCUAAAGUUCGCUGGCCCCGCACAAAGUGUGGAGCUGGAGCAGCUGCAGAGAUUCGCCGCCGACAGUGGCUGCGACUACAAGCUGGAGGCCUACGACGUGGCCUACUGGCGGCGCAAGCAACUGGUGGCCGAGCACGGCCUGCAGGAGCAGAAGCUCAGCGAGUUCUUCCCGCUGCCACGCGUUCUUUCCGGGAUGUUCGAGCUCAGCGAGAAGCUCUUCGGCAUAAGGAUAGUGGAGCAGCCCAAGGCGGAGGUCUGGCAUCCGGCAGUCAAGUUCUAUGAUGUGUUCGAUGCAGAUUCCCCCAAUAGCUCCACUCCGGUGGGCGGCUUCUAUGUGGACUGCUACUCCAAGGAGCACAAGUUUGGCCGGAACAACGGUUGGAUGGUGGGCAUCAGGAACAGCAAUAGAUCCGCCGGCCUGACGCCCCUCUGCGCCCUGAUCUUCAACUUCUCGGAGGGCAAGCCGCCUCUCCUUAGCUACGAUGAUCUGCAGAUGCUGUUCAAGACCUUCGGCAGCGGACUGCAGCAUCUGCUCACCCAGGCGGGCUACAGCGACCUGGCGGGACUCUCGAACAUCGAGUGGGAUGCCUCGCAGGUUUCGGGUCACGUGAUGAGCAACUUCCUCGAUGAUCCCACAGUUAUCCGAGGUUUUUCCGGCCAUUUCAGCAGUGGUGAACCUUUCGAAGCGGAGAUCUCCCAAAAGAUGCGACUGCUGAAGACCCAACUGGCUGGCUAUAAUCUCUGCCAGGAUCUCUACUUGGCCGAUCUCGACAUCGAGCUGCAUCGCUCGCAAGCCUUUUGGCUGGAGAUCGUGCGGAAGCUGUGGCCCGUCUACCACUGCCUGCCGCUGGACAAGAAGGACGCCCAUCCCUGCUCGCUUACGGAUAUUUUUGCUGGCGAUUGGGCGGCCGCCCAGUUUAGUCAUUUGUACUCCCGCCUCAUAGCCGCCGACAUAUCGAGCAGCUUCGCGGAGCAGCGUAGCGAGGAGAACUACGCGGUCGUCGGGCGGCGCUACAAGCAGACCUUCCUCAGUUCCGGCGGUUCUGUGCCCACGGCGGAGGUGUUCCGCCGCUUCCAGGGUCGCGAUCCCUCCGGCGAGGCGCUCCUCAAGUCGCUGGACAUUUUCGAACCCUCCCAGACCACGGAUAACAAUUGAGGGUCAUGCUCGUUAUCUCUUGUGUGCGUAGUCAACUGAUAAGCCGCCUGAUCGAUGUGCUAGACUGGCAAUCUUAGGGGGAAAGUAAUCUUUGGAGUAUUUGAAACAAUUUUACAAUAGGCUGGAAGCAUAAUUUGUUAAUUAAUUGUUAAUUGGUCGCGAAAUACAUGUACUUAUUUGAAGUAUGAA